ACAGAUACGCAUUUACUCUCUGCUUGAUGUCACUCAGAUACUGUUCUUUGGAGAGGAUUCAGAAUCCACUGAGUCAGUGAUUGGAAGAGGAGAUUCAAAACGCGAGUCACAGAAAGACAGGAUGAUUCAGAGGUUCCGCGGGACAGAGCGACUCAGUGGAACAGAAUGCGUGCGGGACGCCCUGUGAAGGGGAGAGCAGAGAGGAUCAUCAGAAAUGAAGCAUGACCAAUUCUGCCGUGGUCCAGACGGAAUGAGUGAAGCUGCAGGAUCCAGAAGGGCUGAUGGGUAUUUAGAGGAAAGAGCCUCUCUGUGGGGUGUUUAGAGGAAAGACUCGGGGGUAUUCCUCAGAAAGAGUCUGGGAUACCUGGAGGAUUGUUCUGGGGGAUAUUUGUAGGAAAGGGUCUGGAAUGCCUAGAAGAUCUACCUGGGGGGUAUUUUUUUGGAAAGACUGUGGUAUUUAGAGGAAAGAAUCUGGGGAGCAUUGAGAGAAGGCACUGUGGUGUUUGAGGAAAGAGAGGGGCAUUUAGAGGAAAGACUCUGGGGCAUUUAGAGUAAAGACUCUGGGGCAUUUAAAGGAAAGACUCUGGGGCAUUUAGAGUAAAGACUGGGGCAUUUAAAGGAAAGAGUGGGGCAUUUAGAGGAAAGAAUCUGGGGCAUUUAGAGGAAAGAAUCUGGGGUAGUUUGAAAAAAGACUAGUGUAGAAAGUGUGGCGUUUAGAAGAAGGCAUCUGGGAUAUUUAGAGGGUCUCUGCAGUAUUGUGAGUAAAGAGUCAGGGGGUCUUUUAUGAUGAAUGUCUAUGGGGUUUUUACAAGAUAAAUAGGUUCAGGUUUGAGGAGAACACUAUACUGUCAUUAAUUUGGACUUGAGAGUGAUUAUCAGCUGUUAACUCUGUCUCUUGGGUAUUUAGAGGGGAAGGUCUGUCUCUGAGGGGUAUUUAAGGGAGAAGGUCUAUAUCUGUGGGAUAUUUAGAGGAUAAUUUCUACCUCUGAGGGGUAUUUAGAGGAGAUCUUUCUCUGUGGGGUAUUUAGAUGAGAAGGUCUAUCUCUGUGGGUAUUUAGAAAAGAGUCUUCAGGAGACAUGUAGAAGACUAUGUGUCUUAGAGAGUAAUUAGAGUCUCCACAUCUCCGGAGCACAUCUGCUUCUCCUGCCUUCUCCUCCUGCAUGGACCGACUCUGACCUGACCACUGUGCCCUGACCUUUGAGCGACCUCUGCUGGGAUAUACGCUACCAAGAGCCAAGGCAGAACCAUGCACUGCUGUAACUACAGGAUGUUCUGGAAAUUGGCCUUGCCAGCCAUUCUGGCUUGGACACUCUGUGCAUCCACAGAAACCAAGAAGCCACGCCCACGAGGCUCUAUCCCCUCCCCUUACAAGCUGAAAGGCAACGAGCUGUCGUCCUCGCCUUCUAUCCCGCUGUCGUCGUUGUCGCAGCAGCCGCUGGCGCGACGGCAGAAAGGUAAGCAGGAGGUGCUGUCAUCGAGUCGAGAGGCGCUGGUGGUGACUGAGAGGAAGUACCUGAAGAGUGACUGGUGCAAGACGCAGCCGCUCCGACAGACGGUCAGCCUAGAUGGCUGUCUGAGCAGGACCGUCGUUAACCGAUUCUGCUACGGCCAGUGUAACUCGUUUUACAUCCCCCGGCACCUCACGUCCCGCUCCCGCUCUCCGGCGCACCGUAGCCGGAAAACGGAUGACCGUGACAACUCUUUCCAGUCAUGCGCCUUCUGCCGGCCGCAUCGGAUCACCACGGUAACGGUGCGCCUCCACUGCCCCAGGCUACAGCCACCAUACCGGCACCGGAAGGUGCAGCGGGUGAAGCAGUGCAGGUGCGUGUCUGUCAGUGUCAAUGAUGCCUACUGACCAAGGGUCAUGUGACCAUGGGCAGAGACGGCUGGAGUUGCUCACUUUUGGACUAAUUUCAACACAACAUGACUGUGCACUGCACAACAAGGUCGAAAGUACUUGUCAGAGUGCCAUCAAGUACUGAGAUGAAAUGUCAUCUUUAGCUGAAAACUGGACAAAAGAAGAGUGGACAACCUGGGAAUAUUUAAAGUUUGACCUCUUUAUAUGUGAAAGUCUGUAAGCACCUCGUGUUGUGGACUGUUUGGGCUGAAUGCUGAGCCGCCUUCCACAAGGAAAUCUAUGAGUUAUUCAUCUAGGGCCACACCAGCCUCAGUGAACUUGGACCAAAGUUAUAGCUUGGUUGCCUAAACAAAAGGACUUGUGAGACGUAUUUGGAGGUCACAGUUUGGCAAAAUCCAGAGGCCAGAAGAGAGGAGACUAGAUCCUACCCACUCUAGCAUUGGCGUCUUGAAUUGAUGCAACAUAUAUGAGUCUUUGGGGCCUCAUUGCCAACAUUGGAUAUGAGAAGACUGGACGUGUGUACCAGACUAGCCCCACUAUUACAGUGAUCUAUAGACAUCUAUAAUAAAUGACAACAUUUGUUAGAAAAAUAGCAAUAAAGAUACAUGGUACAGAUUUUUAUGGUAUCUACUUUUUUAAAAUGUAUGAAUGCAAAAUACAAAUAAAUAUGAUUUUUAUGUAAUAAAUAUAUUAAUUUUACCUUAAGCUAAAGUGUUUCAACAUAUGUUUCUGAAAACUAACAACUUCAAAAAAUAAAUGUUUUCUGAAAAAAAAUUUCCUUUAAGUUCCUUUAAAAUUGCACAGGAAGCCUGGAACACAGCACUGAACUGGUUAACAUCCACCUGUACUGCUAAAUCAUAUCUCACUCAGUCUUAUAUUGACUCUGUAUCACUGCACUCUGACACUGUUUCAUUAUUUAACAUGAUGCACCGGUACAGUCUGCCUAAAAGUGUUUGUGGAUGCCAGUGGAAGCUCAUCCCAUAGAACCCUACAGAAGCUUAUCCCAUAGAACCCUAUUAAACACACCCCAUGAAACCUUUCUAAAGCUUGGCCCAUAGAACCCUACUGAAGCUCUUCCCAUAGAACCCUACUGAUGCUCAUCUCAUAGAACCCUACUCAAGCUCAGCCCAUAGAGUCCCUGCUAAAGCAUGUCCCACAGAUCCAUACUAAAGCUCAUCACAUAGAACCCUAGUGAAGCUCAUCCCAUAGAACCCUACUGAAGCUCAUCCUAUAGAACAAUACUAAAGCUUUGUCCCUACAGAACCAUUCUGAAGCUCACCUCAUGCAGAACACUAUUGAAGCUCACCUCAUAGAACCCUACUGAACCUCAUCCCAUAGGACCCUACUGAAGCUAAUCCUACAGAACCCUACUGAAGCUCGUCCCUUAGAACCUUAUUGAAGCUUGUCCCAUAGAACCCUACUGAAGCUCAUCCUACAGAACCCUACUGAAGCUCGUCCCAUAGAACCCUACUGAAGCUUGUCCCAUAGAACCCUACUGAAGCUCGUCCCAUAGAACCCUACUGAAGCUUGUCCCCUAGAACCCUACUGAAGCUCGUCCCAUAGAACGCUACUGAAGCUCAUCCUACAGAACCCUACUGA